UACUCUUGCGCUCUCAUGUUAAUGGCGGGCGGCGGCUACUGAGCGGGUCGCAGAUAACCGCUGCCUGCACGGGGGGAAAAAAUUUCCCUCACCUCCCGAUUUCUGCUCACCACCAGAGUCAGAGGUUGCCAGCAUGUCGGUGGUACCGCCCAAUCGCUCGCAGACCGGCUGGCCCCGCGGGGUCAAUCAGUUCGGCAACAAGUACAUCCAGCAGACCAAGCCCCUCACCCUGGAGCGCACCAUCAACCUUUAUCCUCUUACCAAUUAUACUUUUGGUACAAAAGAGCCUCUCUAUGAGAAGGACAGUUCUGUUGCAGCCAGAUUUCAGUGCAUGCGAGAAGAAUUUGAUAAAAUUGGAAUGAGGAGGACUGUAGAAGGGGUUCUGAUUGUACACGAGCACCGGCUACCCCAUGUGUUACUGCUACAACUGGGAAUGACUUUCUUCAAAUUACCUGGUGGUGAACUUAACCCAGGAGAAGAUGAAGUUGAAGGACUAAAACGCUUAAUGACAGAGAUACUAGGCCACCAAGAUGGAGUUCUGCAAGACUGGGUCAUUGAUGACUGCAUUGGUAACUGGUGGAGACCAAAUUUUGAACCUCCUCAGUAUCCAUAUAUUCCUGCACAUAUUACAAAGCCUAAGGAACAUAAGAAGUUGUUUCUGGUUCAACUUCAAGAGAAAGCCUUGUUUGCAGUCCCUAAAAAUUACAAGCUGGUAGCUGCACCAUUGUUUGAAUUGUAUGACAACGCACCAGGAUAUGGACCCAUCAUUUCUAGUCUCCCUCAGCUGUUGAGCAGGUUCAAUUUUAUAUACAACUGAAUUACACACAGUGGAUAAGUAAAAGAAGCCGUCUCUGUGAGCACAGCUGUACACGGUGUAGAAGAAUAAAUGUGGUAGA